ACAUAUACAUACAUACACACACACACACACACACACACACACACACACACACAGAGCGAGGGCUGCACCGGAGCGGAGCCGCGUGCGUGGCCGGUGGGCCGGGAGCUGGCGGCCGCCGCUGCCGAGCCCCAUGAAAACGCAGGUCUGGGGGAGCUCCCCGCGGGCGCCCAUGGCUGCGGCGAUGCCGUGCAAGAGCGCGGAGUGGCUGCAGGAGGAGCUGGAGUCGGGCGGCGGCCGCUCGCUGCUGCUGCUCGACUGCCGCCCCCACGAGCUGUUCGAGAGCUCGCACAUCGAGACGGCCAUCAACCUGGCCAUCCCCGGGCUCAUGCUCCGCCGCCUCAAGAAGGGCAACCUGCCCAUCCGCUCCAUCAUCCCCAACCACGAGGACAAGGAGCGCUUCGUCAAGCGCUGCAAGGCGGACACCGUGCUGCUCUACGACGAAGCCACCGCCGACUGGCAGGACGGCGGCGCCGCCACCUCCGUGCUGGGGCUGCUGCUCCAGAAGCUGCGCGAUGACGGCUGCAAAGCCUAUUACCUGAAAGGUGGCUUUAACAAGUUUCAGACUGAAUAUUCAGAGCACUGCGAGACAAACCUUGACAGCUCCUCGCCCAGCAACUCUCCCCCAGCUUCGGUCCUUGGCCUUGGAGGGCUGCGGAUAAGCUCUGACUGCUCGGAUGGUGAAUCUGACAGGGAACCCAGCAGUGCCACCGAGUCGGAUGGGAGCCCCAUCCCUAACAAUCAGCCUGCCUUUCCGGUCCAGAUCCUACCUUACCUGUACCUGGGCUGUGCCAAAGAUUCGACCAACUUGGACAUCCUGGGCAAAUAUGGCAUUAAAUACAUCCUGAAUGUGACACCCAACCUGCCAAACAUGUUUGAGCAUGACGGAGAGUUCAAGUACAAGCAGAUCCCCAUCUCGGAUCACUGGAGCCAGAACCUCUCGCAGUUCUUUCCUGAGGCCAUUGCUUUCAUUGAUGAGGCCCGUUCCAAGAAGUGUGGGAUCCUUGUUCACUGCCUCGCUGGCAUCAGCCGGUCUGUAACAGUCACUGUCGCCUACUUGAUGCAAAAACUCAACUUGUCCCUGAAUGAUGCCUAUGACUUUGUGAAAAGGAAAAAAUCCAACAUUUCCCCAAACUUUAACUUCAUGGGCCAACUCCUGGACUUUGAGAGGACUCUGGGACUCAACAGCCCUUGCGACAACCGCUCGCCCAGCGAACAGCUCUACUUCACCACCCCUACCAACCACAACCUGUUUCAGCUGAACACUCUGGAGUCCACAUGAAGGGGAUGCCACCUGGUCGGGAACUCGAGCAUCAAAUCGCUUCUCUUGAGCAUUUCAACUCUUACAAAAAAGUAUCUGUCUUGCCAGGCAGCUCUGAAACGACUGGCUUCUCUGGGCAGAGGUGCCUGAUCGCUGCUUUAAGAAGGCUACUGCCAUUCAUUAGUAUCCUGAUCAAAGUGGUUGGAUGAGGUAGUCUUUUCACAGGGGUUUAUUUAAUACGGGCGAUGUUACAGCGUUUUGAACGCAGCUGUUACCGGCAAUAACCGCUUUCCUGGGUGCAUUGGGACUGUCAGAACACGCACACGUGUGAAGAGCUACCAGGGGUUAGCUUGCUGUGGAGAUUGAGGAGAUUUAUGCACUUGGAAACCUUGAACAAAAGGUGUUGGGCCAAGACUGUUUUAAAACCCAAGUUUACUUCGUUUUUUUUUGUUUUGUUUGGUUUUUUUUUUUUUCUUUUGAUUUUAAAAAAAGAAAAGGUAGAUCUUACCUGAGCUUUGGGUUCAAACUCUUUUUAAAAUAUGUAAGUUCCUGACUGUUUGUACAGAUGAGGUUGCAAAACCAGUAUUUUAUUCUGUUUCUUGUUUGAUCAUUUAUUAUUUUUUUUUUUUUUUAAAUCAAAUGUUUAUAUUGACCAAAUGCAUUUUGCACACUUUGUGAAGCCUUGGUAUGUCCUGGCAUAUUACUGGGUACUCCAGAGAGAGAUACAUGCUGCUGCUGUUGUUGUUAGCAUCUGGUAGGAAGCUUUGUUAUGUGUGAAGGCCAGUUGGGCUUAAACGCAACCCCUUCACCACUCCUGCACUCACAAUCACAAACUCUGCACUGAUUCAGCCAAGGUGACUAAACCGCAAGCUUUCUUUUCUUUUUUUUUUUCUUUAAUGCCAUCCCUGCCAAAAACAUUGUUUGCUGUUGCCAGAGGUAAAACCCUUUGUAGCCUCCGGAGUUGGUAGAAGCAUGUCUGAGCCCAGCUUCGUCCUCUGCUGCCUGUUGACUGACUUAACGUCAUCCAGCUGGCCCGAAACCAUUCCAGCUUCCUGAGUGCAGAAGGUAGUUGUGAUGUUGGCGUUUCUCGUGCACGCUCGAUUCGUUCCCACGGGCGUGGGGUGGAGGGGGGAACACGGCGAGCGCCUGGAAGCAGAGCAAGGAUUGCGUAGCGGGACGGGACUGAAUCGUCACGCACAGAGUGUGUGAGGGGAGUGAAGAGAUGUGGAAAUGAUGACAAGACCGUUGUAACAGAGAAUUUUUUUAUAUAUAUAUAUAUAUGAGUAUAUAUAUAUUAACUGGCAAAUUCUGAGAUGAUUGGAGCUUUCAACAGAGGUUCUGAUUUCUUUUUUUUCCUUCCUCUUUCGAAUAACUUUAUGCUGUGCCUUCUAUUCUGAGAAGACUUGUUUAUAUUUCUGGCUAGUGUUUGGCAAACACCUUAUACGAAGCUGGGAGGGGGAGGAAGUGGUAAUAAUUUCUGGGAGGAGGGCAGAACGGAUUUGGAGAUUUCUUUAUUGGCUGCAAUGUAGUCCCUCCUUUCUCCCCCCUCCCUGUCCACUUUAACUCUCAUAUAACUGAAAAAAAAAAAAAAAGAAGAAGCCACGGAUUUUUUCUAAAUAUCCAGUUUUUGUACUUUUUUCAAGAAAAAGAAAAAAAUAAUAAAAAAAAACCCCUCCAUCUGGAGGAAUGUUUGACGCUGUCACAUCCUGAAACCGUUCUUUUUGUUCAAGAUGUUACCAGAAUGUUGGAAUGAGCUUCUCUUUCUUGUUUUCUGGUUGUUUUUUUGUUUGUUUGUUUGUUUGUUGGGUUUUGUUUGCAACAAUGUUGGGAUCGUGGGUCAUUGGAAGGGAGAAUGGACGUAAGUACAGUUGUGAGUGAGAAAAAUUGAGAAUAUCCUAAUUGCAUCUUACCUCAUGGAGGAAUUUAUUUUUUCAGGGAUUUUUUGACAGUGCAUCUGUAUUGCAUUACAGCUAAGCUGGUUUGUAAAGGCUUCCUGUGCUGUUAGUGGUCUUUCUUCUUUAAAGGAAAAAAAACAAACAAAACAAACCAAGAUGCAUCUUGUGAUUAGUACAAAUGAGAGCUUGUUAGUGAGGAAUGGUUCUGCUUUCUGAGUUAUGAAGGAAAAUCAGUGACCCUAUAUAUACUGAUCCAAUAUUGGGACUUUGUUUAUAUUACAAAUAAAUAUUAUUUUUUCUUUAAAAA